GUUGAUGCCAGUGGUGGUUAUGGUGAUCGUGCAGUCAGGGUACGCCGGAGUUAAUAUCAUCGCGACGGCGGUAAUGGGCGCCGGCAUGAAUCCCUUCAUCCACAUAGCUUACCAGCAACUCUUCGCCACCCUUCUCAUCUCUCCUUUUGCUUUUUUCUUUGAGAGGAAAACGAGGCCAAAAAUGACACCAAAGAUAUUUUUCCAGAUAUUUUUGUCGUCCUUCUUUGGCCUCACGGGGGACCAAACGGCAUACUUUGUAGGGCUAAAGCACUCCACUCCAACCAUUGCCACUGCUUUGGCCAACCUCAUCCCAGCCAUCACUUUUAUUAUGGCCGUCCUCUUCAGACUUGAAAGUGUGGGAGCAAGAACGAAGGGCGGGAAGGGGAAGAUAUUAGGGACGGUAAUAUGCAUUGGGGGUGCCAUGGUGCUGACGGUGUACAAGGGAGGGGUGGUGAUAGGGCAGUCAAGCUUCCAAUGGAAAUAUGCCCAAAAUACUUUGGAGAAAAGCCACAACAGUAAUUCAUAUUUGGGACCUCUCCUGGUCCUCCUUAGCGUUUGCUCGUACACGGCCUUCCUAAUUACCCAAACAAAAUUGGGGAAGCAAUAUGAAGCUCCAUACUCCAGCACAGCUUUGGCAUGCCUGCUUGCAAGUAUUGAGUGUGUAACAAUUGCCAUAGCCAUUGACCACAACAUUUCUGAUUGGGCUUUGACUCCCAUGAGAGCUAUCUCCACCCUUUACAAUGGGAUAAUGUAUUCGGCAGUAGCAAUAUUCCUGACAUCAUGGUGUGUGGAGAAGAAAGGGCCUUUAUAUGUUGCCGUCUUCAACCCUUUGUUGCUCGUCCUUACUGCCAUUCUCAGCUGGGCUUUUCUUCAAGAGAAAAUCUUUACCGGCACGGUGGUGGGGUCAAUACUAAUUGUGGUGGGACUUUACGUUGUUUUGUGGGGCAAGAAGCAUGAGUUGGGAGUGAUUAAAGUAGAAGAUGAUGACCACCACAAAUUGAAGGAAGCAGACAAAAGAGAGACUGACGACGAGUGCUAAUAAUUAUAUUGAAUUGCUUCUAUUUUUAGGCACUUAAAUUAUA